UAUUUUUUUUAUUUUUACACAUAUAUUUAUAUUAAAAUAUGUAUGCAUGCAUACAUAUAUACUUAUGGAUGUAUGUAUGUAUGUAUGUACAAAGUAUAUUGAGUUAAGAACCGGCAAGAGCGGCUGUGAAUGAGAGGAAAAGUGUUGGAGACAAACGUGCUUCAGGUUCGUGUGUUCACGGAUGUCAGGUGCAUUAAAUGACUAAAGUGCAGUUACUUUUUUUUUUAAAUUAUAUUCAUAAAUUUCACGGUUACUUUUUUUGCUUACAUAUUUUUUGGCCGGGUUUUUAAAAAAGUGCGCCAGUGAUAAAGAAGAAGGUGUGAUAUACUAGUAUUUUAACUUUCAUUUCUUUAGUAUACGUAAAUAUAUAUGUAUAUAUAUAUGUAUGUCUGAUGGAAAAUUUUAAAAACAAUUUUAUUCGCUGGAUUAAGUGCAACUGCCGAUUUAAAACUCGGUACUGACUGGUUAAUUUUGUUGUUUAAUUAUAUAUAUGAAUAUAUGAAUUUAUGUGUAUAUAUUUAAAUAUGUACAUGUUUUAAAUAGAUGAUAAUAUUGAUGAAACAUAGAGACAAUGUGUGGCUGACUUUAUGAAUAAAGUAGUAAAUAAAAGUAGUCAGUGUCUAGUGAAGUAGAAACAGGCGACGUAUGUCAGUGCUAGUAGAUACGGCCGGGUCUGCUCGUGUAUUAUAAUGUGUACAGUUGCAUGUGUGAGUUAAUAUGUCGGUAUUGCAUUGGUGUAUAAUAUAUACAUAUAUAUUUACUGUAUUACAGUGAAUUUUCGCAGUGUUCUGGCCCUGGGUGUCUGACUCGUACUGUCCGUAUCUACUGUCUUACCGACCGGUUGUAUGUUGAGUGAUAUCACGAUCGGCUGAUAACUCACGGGAUCUUUCCACUAGUUUGCUCCACUUGGGGUGCCAACCAAAAAACACUUCAUAAUUUAUUUCUACAAUAAACUUUUGUAUGGUAAUAUUUUAUUAUUAAUUUUAUUUAUUGACGACCGAUGGCUGACAAGUAAUUGAUUAAAAAAUUAAAUUGAUUAAUGAUGUAUUGAUCAAUUCGAGUGAAAAAUUCCUAUGAACAAAGUCCACGUUUAAAUAAAUUUUUUAAAUUUAAAUCUUGACUAAGUGAUGCAUUGUGUCGAGUAGAAUCUUUUCAAGUCCAGUUGCAAUCUGAUGGAAAAAAAAAAUAUUUAAAAAUAAGUAAGAGAAGAGUGAAAAAGAAAAAAAAAAUAAACGUACUCUCAAUCGUCUUAACGAUCACCGGCCAGUGCUUGAGAGUCGAGUUGGCGAACUUAUAGCAGUUGUAUUUUUUAUUUUAUUUUUUAAAAACUCUUUCACACUAGCUAUCUUUGUCUAGUGAGUUGUGUUGGACGAGACUUUUUCGCCGGGAGCUGUUGCGACAUAAAGGCUCGCCUGUGAAUUGUAGUUGGUGGAUAAAAAAAAAUAAAGACAGCGAAUAGCUAACGGUGAGGAGGGAAAAAAAUAAUAGAAAUAAAUAAAAAUAUAAAAACAUUAUAUAUGGAUGUAUAUAUAUUUGGAUGUAUGGCUGGCUAGUGGUUAUAUAUAAAGAGUUUGGAGUGGGAUAAAGGCCAGGCUACAGUGGGCUUACAGCAAUGACCUUCGAGACUACGAGGCCGUUAAAAUCAUUGGGUUUCCGCGUGGAACACAAGAUUAGGACGAUAGUCAACAGCAAAAGAUCCAACGAUUCAUAGUCGAUGUGAGGCCUCGUCUAACAGACGUAUCUCCAUCGUGGAGAUAAAUAUAUUUUAACUGAGAGGUGUCCAAGCUGCUGAUUUUGUUUAGUUUUUUUUUUUUUUUUUAAUUUUUUUUUCGUUUAUUUAUUUAUUUUUAAAAAUUUUUAUUUUGGCAAGAAAAUUGACGGCUAAGUUGGAUGAAGGGAGUGACGGUUGCACCUCUCGAAGGCUGAAUAUCCUUUGGUACCUCGUGGUAUGAGCGGAGAAGAAGAGAUUCCUUUGGCAUAUCAUCUUGAUCGAGACCGUUCCUCGGCAACCUCUAUGGAAUACUGCGCCGAAGAAUAGCAUGUACCCGCCUUUUAAAAACCGGUUUCGUUCAGCUUCGUGAAACUCGCGUUUACAUUGGUCGCGUUGUGGGAAGAAGCAUGAGUCUGAAAAUAAUAAUAAUGAUGAUGAUGAUGAUGAUAAAAAAAUAAUAUUUAAAAAAACUGAAUUUACGCAAGGACACACAUUCAACAAUCUCUCUCGUUAAUGUUAAUAGCAAUCGAGAAGGAAGAAUAGCGGACAGAGAAACUCUUUUGCGCCGAAUAAAGUCGACACAAGUGAUAGUAAUAAUAAUAAUAAUAAUAAUAAUAAUAAUAAUAACAGUAUCAUCAAUAAAAAGAAAAAAAGGAAAUAAAACCGAGAGAGGAGGAACGAUUAAUUUUUUUUCUCAUCAUCGAGAAGAUUGUAAAAAGUUUGGAAUUUUUUAACGUUGAAAGUGAUUUGAUUGAGUGUCGACGUGUGUCUUGGAGGUUGUCUAUUGAGUUGCCUUCUGGUGGAUGCCUGUAUACGUGAUAGAAUUCACCGAACGCCAAAUAAAAAUAUAUUAGUGAUUUAUAUAUAUAAUAGUGAUAACGCAAUGACAAUGGAGCUAAAUUGUUUGAGUGAAGCUCAAGAUUUAUUUGGAGGUGGCCAACGUAGCGUUGAUCGUUGCAAAACUUAAUAUAUAUGUAUAUAUAAAUGUAUGUAUAUAUUAUAGUUUUAUAUAAUAUCUAAUGAUCAGUUAUAUUGUCUUGGUUAGUGAUGAAGCAGACGGCGAAUUCGCCUACAACUGCCCAAGUGCAGUCAUUAGUUUUAAUCGGAAGAAUACGACAAGAUCUUUAUCGGCGUUCAGCUGAAUCCGAUUCAGUUAUUGUCGAGGAUCACAAUUCUUCUUCAAACAGGUCAUUAAUAUCAUCAUCGGAGAUUAAAGACCACCAGCACGGUAAUUCACCUAAAAAAGAUGAACAGCAGCAUCAAAACGAUUCAAAAGUUAAAACACCACCGGGAAUGUCGAGGAUGCUAGAAGUUGAUGCAGAUAAUUAUAUGCUGCGCAAAGGUUCCUCCUCGUCCAGUGGUACCACCAACAACGGUGUCGUUGUCACCUCAGCAACCACCAGCGGACCGAUGUCCUCGGUGGUACCAAAUCUCGUGACAACGAGUGCCGCCACGAGCAAUAACCCAUCCAAUAAUAUAGUGACCGGUGUAGUCAUUGGACUCCAGUCCGAGCACAGCCAGUCACGUUUUAGUUUCAAUAACUCCAACAAUACCACCAAUAAUCUCAAUAACAAUAAUAAUAACAAUAAUUACAACAAUAACUGGCAAACAAGUAGUUCUACCGCUUACUCUACCUCCUUGGAUGUAACAGGAACACCGGAUUAUCAUCAUUCAAUUAAGAAUUCAAUAUCUUCAUCAGCGAGCACGUGCGAAAACUCGCCAUGCGCCUCGUCACCCGGCAACGAGACCGGCCAAUCGUUAACGUCCUUCAAUGCGCAACAGCACCCGGACCAGCCGUCACAGCCGCAUGGAAACGGUGACUUGGAGCAACGUUCAUCGAGGUCGUGGGGCGGCGCCACAGGCGUCCAUCGUCGCUCAACGAGUCAAACGCAAAUGAGCAACACGACAGCCGGCAGCUGCGACUCUGGUUCUCCCAUCUUAUCCGCAAACAACACCAACACCACCUUCAAUACCGAUACCAAUUCAAAUACCAAUAUCGUCUCAACUACGAGUACUACUAUUACUACUACUGCUACCACCAGCAACAGCACCAGUACCAGUACCACCAGCAGCAAUACCAUCACCAAUUCCUCGUCUCUCCUCCUCACUUCCUCCUCUAUCAGCCAUCAAAGUAAUGGCAAGCCACGUCUUCCGGACAAGCUACUCGAUACGGUCUUCUUCAAUGCCCUUACAACCCAUAAUUUAUUACAAAACAACAACAAUAGCAACAAAUCACUGACUGAUAUCCAAUUGAUGAAAUUUAGUGACGUGAAUUCGCGUUCAAAUUCAUCUGAGUGUUCAUCGUCAUCGGCAGUUAACUCAGUUGAUUACGUCGACGGUGAGGUUAAUGUCGAAUGUAACGGUAGUAACAGCAACAGUGUCCAGCUUCAGCUACAGCUUAAGCACCAGCAUGUAUCAUGCGCACGACCUCUUUCUUUUCACCGGCACAUGUGCUGGUGUAGCGCUGGUAAGACCGCCGCGGUUGUGCUACGCGCAACAAAUCCCAACAAUGAGCAACAAACUAACGUCGACAAGGUCGACAGGCUCAUCGAGGUCCCUGUUGUUGAUUCUGGUCAGGUUCUCAAGGUCAAAGAUAAUUUAAAUAAUCGUGAUGAACAGCAGUUGUUAACCCGGGCCAACAAUAUUGUUAAUUGCAAAAGUAUAAACGGUAUCACUAGUACAAAAAAUAAUAAUGGGCUUGUUGAUAACAAACAAAUAAAAAUAAAUAAUACACAUCAUCGACACAAUAAUGUUAUUGAUAAUAAUAAAUUUUCAAGUCUUUGUUGUUGUAUGUGUGGAUCUAUUUGUCCUAUAGAGUGUCACGCCUGUUUCCACAUUGUCUGCAGGGAGUUCAGCAGUCAGCAUUUGUGCCAGUGGAUCCCAAAGGGUCAUGCAUUGCCGGGACAAGUUUACGAUAAAGAAAAGCCCGUCAACGAAUGGACGUCGCUAAAUGUCGUUGAGUGGAUGUCGGCCCUAAAUCUGUACCGCUAUGCAGACGUCUUCAAGUCUAAGGACAUCAAAGGCGCCGAUCUUAUUCAUUUGGAUCGGGAUAAGCUGAUGAAUAUGGGAAUAAAAGAUGAGUUUCAUCAAAAAAAUAUAUUGGUGUGCAUCGAGGAGUUAUGCCGGCCAUCUUCAUUGCCAGCAUUACCAGGAUCCUUACCCGACAACAGUACCAACAAAUCCCAGUUGACAAUCAAUAAUGAUAAUACUUGUACGAACAAUAGUAAUGUUGGUGAUCAUACGUCACUGUCAUCAUCCUCAUCCUCGUCAUCAUCAGUUGCCCUUGCAGGAACGACCAACAAUCCAGUUAAUAAUCAGAAGCAUAAUCUAGUACCACACAGUUUUAGUGUACUAGAGAGAUGCGACAAGUGCCACAAAUAUCUCCGGGGUCUUCUGCAUCAAGGAUUUCUCUGCCAAGAUUGUGGUUUGGUCGCCCACAGAACGUGCUCAGCAACGGGUUUGCCCACGGCUUGCAUACCAUCUGACCAAGAGAGUCGUGCUAACCGAUUGGCUUCAGUUUUUGGCCUUGCAUUGUGCUCACAGUUUGAUACGACGAAACGAACAGCACCAGUACUCGUUGAAAGAUGCACCAGGGUUCUUGAAGAAAGGGCUCUUGGUGAUUUAUCAUUAGAUUUAUAUAAAGUUUAUUACAACAGUCCGCCUAAUGAACAAACUCUAGAAUUACGCCAAAAGCUCAAUCAAGAUGUCUACAAUACAGAUUUGAAUUUAUACAGUCUUCAAGGUAUUGCUAGUGUGUUGAAAAAAUUUUUACGCGAAUUACCAGAUCCAGUAAUACCAGUGCAAUGGUACGACAGAUUUUUAGAAGCCUCAGGUAUGAGAAAUGAUGAACAAUGUGCAAUGAGACUAAAUCAAUUAGUAAACGAAUUACCAGAACACCAUAAAAAUACAUUGUACUAUUUAAUGGCCCACUUCUGUCGAAUUUGUAAAUUGCAACAUGCCCGAGGAUACACGGAACCACCGACAAUUCUUGUACAAGUAUUGUGUCAUAUAUUCCUCAGGCCUCCUUGGGAACGUAUUAUACAAGUAGUACACAAUACUGAGGCACAUAUACGUAUAAUGGAACUGCUAUUAUUACACGGUAAUUGGGGUGAGAGGUUACCAGAGUUUGCAAAUCCUCCACGUUUACCACCACGUAAAGUUUCGAGGCCACAGUUUCCAGUACUUGAACAGUUUAAUACUAUGGAUGAUGAUAAUGUUAUAAUUGAUCGUCAAAUUUGCAUUGAUAAUAAAGAUCAUCAAUCUCAUAGGCCACGUACUCUGCACGAUUGCGAGUGGUAUUGGGGCAACAUAACGAGAGACGAAGUGAAUGAAAUGAUGAUUGAUGCACCAGAUGGUACAUUUUUAGUGCGUAAUGCAUCAUCUAAAGGCGGUGAAUAUACACUGACAUUACGGAAAGGCAGUACAAAUAAAUUGAUUAAAAUUUGUCACCGUAACGGAAAAUAUGGUUUUUCUGAACCAUACAAUUUUCAUUCGGUAAUAGAAUUGGUUGAUUAUUAUCGCAACUGCUCACUCGCACAGUAUAAUUCAACUUUAGAUAUUAAAUUGCUGUAUCCAAUCUCUAAAUUCCAACAGGACGAUGAAAUAAUGAGCAGUACUAAAGAUAUGCCGGAUGUGAUUCAAAAGUUUAUUGAUCUGAAUAAAAAAGUUCAAGUGCAAGGUAAAAAAUAUCAAGAGUACUCGGAUCUGUAUCAGAGAACAGCGUACGAGGUGCAAAUGAAACGUCAAGCCUUGGAAGCAUUCUGUGAAGCCAUUAAAUUAUUUGAAGAGCAGAGUAAACUCCAGGAUAAGUAUCAAGAAGAAGCGCAGCCUCACGAGAUAUCAACAUUGACUGAUAAUGCUGAGCUACUGAGAAGUAGAUUAAAAUCCUUGGAAGACAGUCGCGAUCAGCUUGAAGAUAGUUUAAGAACCCAAGUAUCUUACAAUCGUUCUCUUGAACGUGAAAUGCACAAACUCAAACCAGAUCUUAUGUCGCUUACUCGUAUGCAAGACAGAUGUUCUGUAUGGUUGAGGAACCAUGGAGUGAAACAGUCGAGAAUCGAUCAAUUAACAAAUCAUACGCUAACAAAUCCAUUUGGUGGUGAUUCAGGGCUGGGUGAUUUGCAAGAGGUUGACUUGGAAGUACAUUCAAAUGAAUCGACCUGGCUUUUUCUUGAAGGCUCAAGAUCAGAUGCUGAUAGGCUACUGUCAGGACGACCUGAUGGUACUUUUCUUGUACGUAAAUCGAGAACUGGACAGUAUGCUCUUUCAAUAAUGUGUAAUGGUACCGUGAAUCACUGUAUAAUUUACGCAACAGAAAGAGGAUACGGUUUCGCAGAGCCGUACAAUAUUCACAAUACACUGAAAGAUUUGGUGCUGCAUUACGCGCAAAAUUCGCUUGAGGAACACAACGAAAGUUUGAACACCACUCUGAUGUACCCAGCAUUGGCCCCUUUACCGAGCUUAGGUCAGCGGCAACCCCAACAAAUAAUUUCGCAAAAUCAAAAUCAAUUAGAUAUGGUAAACAGUCUGCGUAUGGGCGGUUGAUCGUUAUCAACAACGCUCCUCGUGAUUUGAAUCAUGUAUUAAUACAUUUUAUAAAAAAGAAACAAAAAAAAGUUUAUAAUUACUGAUCAAUGUAAUAACUUGAUCACGUGUAUAGCUGUGAGUCCGCGAGGUGUGGAUGAUGGUUGUGAGAUAUGUGAUGCUUGGAGAUAAGUGAUUACGGUUGCGGAGAUUGAUAAAGAGAAAAGUAAUUGGUGGAGAAGAUAAAUAAUUAAUAAAAAAGGUAAUAAUGAGA